AUGGGUCAUUUUAGGGCAGAGCUGAUGAAAUUGCUCGGUAGGACAACAUAUCCCCACAACAACAGGGUGGGAGAACAUUCAAGACAACCUUCUUGUGCCUGGGUGGUAAAAUUGCUGCAGGCCAGUGACAAACUCAGACACGCCAUAACCGUUUCCCAUAGAAUGGCCAUGGAGAUGACAGUUCUUUGCCAGGAUCUACGAUAUUUGCUAAGUUUUCUUGAGAGUUCUUCAAAUGAAUUCCGUGGUGAUCACCAAGUGGUGAAAAGUUUAAGAGAUCUCGCUAACAAGGCUGGAGAUAUUGUUGAUGAUUAUCUGUUUGUUAAUCCAAUGAAGUCAAAGAUCAUUGAAUUCAUACAUGUAACACUCGGUGAUCAAAGAGAAUCACUGAUAGGGAUUCAUUACGUCCGGAAAGUAGUUAGGAAAUUCUUUGAUGGAGAGAGUGGGAUUUAUCAAGGUUUGUUCCAGACACUGCAGAUGGCUCGUUCAGUUAGACAAAUGAUGAGGAAGAUGUAUGGUAAAAGAGGUGGUGGCAAGGAAUAUUUGCAGUCAGGAAAUGCUUCGCUCAGGGGCUCAUUACAGCAUGAUUCAAAUAAGCAACAUAUUGUGGUUGGCCUUGAUGACUACUUGGGUAGAAUGUUGGACCAAAUUACUGGAUUUCCAUCUAGACUAGAAAUAGUCACGAUUGUUGGGAUGGGUGGCAUCGGUAAAACAACACUUGCCAAAAACAUCUUUGAUCAUCCUUACACCAUUUAUCACUUCUAUUGUCGUGCAUGGGUUGCAGUGUCCCAAGUUUAUCAAGUGAGGGAUUUGUUAUUAGGCGUUUUGAGCUCUGUUAGUCAACUCAGUGCUGAAACCUACUCAAAAACCAAUGACCAAUUAGCUGAGGUCUUGUAUAGAAGUUUGAAGGGCAGGAGAUAUCUAAUUGUCAUGGAUGAUAUGUGGAGUGCUAAGGCUUGGGAUGAUGUCAAAAGAUCUUUUCCAAAUGAUAAAAAUGGAAGUCGAGUAGUAGUAACUACUCGGUUAACGGAUGUGGCUAUCUAUGUCAAUCCGAAAACGAAUCCUCAUUUUAUGAGCCUGCCAAGCAUAGAAGAAAGCUGGAAAUUGAUGGAAAAUAUAUUGUUUGGAGAAGAAGGUUGUCCUCUGGAGUUGGUAGAUGUUGGAAAAUAUAUAGCCAAAAGGUGCCAAGGCCUGCCACUUUCUAUUGUUGUUGUUGCUGGUCUUCUUUGCAGUGUCACGAGAACCCUUGAUUCCUGGAGGGCCAUAGCAAGCAGCAUUAGUUCAUUCCUAUGCACUGACGCUGAACUUUGUCUAGAAAUGCUUGCUUAA